UGGAACCCUCUGUAGGUGAGACGCUCCCAGCAGAGGGCUGGACGGGGGCUCUGUGCUUCUGAUGAAUUUCCAUGGACACAAGAAGGUACUACUGCUUUGGGUUUUAUCUGCUGCUCCUGGGGUCUCUGCCGGGGGUCUCCACAGUACCAGAUGACGAAUGCCCAGACGCUCUUCCUGCUCAUGAGAACUGUGACUAUGAUGAGGUCUGUGAGGAUUCUUCAUGUCAGUACAAUGAGUAUGUCACCUGUCACCUGAACCGCUGCGGGACGUGCGAGGCCGUGUUCAGAGGAUAUGACAACCUGACGGUCAACUGCAAGCAAUUGACGCCCAAGUGUCGUCUGAUGCAUCUCGAGAUGCUGCACAAGAGCCGCAGUGGACGGAGUCAUCCAGGACGGAGCAAGGUGGAGAUCGACAAUGUCUACGAUCCGGAGUGCGAGGAGAGCGGAGAUUUCAAAGCAAAGCAAUGCGACGAGGAUUCCAACCUGUGCUGGUGCGUGGACAGCGCAGGGGUCAGGGUGACGGACAAGACCAGCGAUGACCCCAAGUGCGAGAAACUUGUCAGUGUUCAGCUCAUUCAGAUUAAUUUCGCCUUCAAAGUGGAUAUGGCGCAGCUGAAAGGGAAAGAGGAGGAGCUCCGCAGGAAGCUGAUUGCUAAAGUGUCACCGUUCCUUCUCAAAGCUCCGCAGAUCUCACAGGUGAUGGUUCACGAGCUGAAUCGCGAGGUCACUAUGAAGUUCUUUUCUACAAAUGGAACGAAGGAUCCUGUGGACAUUGCGACAGUGGCGUAUUACAUCGAGCGGGGGUUAAAACACAGCAAGUUCAGCGUUCCUCUGGAUGGAAGAAGCCUCGAGGUUGACACAGAAUCGAUCCGGGUUUUGUUUUUUGAUAAUGAACCUCCUCGAAUUUACAUGAAAAGCAUCUCUCCCGGCUUUGCCGCCAUCAUUAUCAUCAUCGCCCUGGUUAUUCUCACUGGGAUUGCAGUGUUUGUGGUGUUGCAGAGGAGAGCGGAGCAGGAGCGCAUCCAGUUUGAAGUCAUUGAGGGACACGAGCUGGAAGAUUACCAGAUGGCGCAGACGGACGGGCUCAGAUAUUAUUACUCCUAAUCUAAUAAAGAAAAUGUCUAUAUGUAGCCUGUGUACCUGGGUCCACUACAGACAGGAGAAUGCAGCACUACAGCCUCCCGGGUAUUUUGUUGAAUUGUUACCUUUUGUUAAUUAAAAAUUCU